UCGAUUUUCAAACCUUCAACAGUCAAAUUGGAAGCAGAUCAAAGCUGGACGACUGCUUUUUACUGCCGGACAGGGUAAUGAGCUGUUAAAAAACAACAAUCAUAAUUGCAGAGAAGGGAAGCUGCAGUCGGUCGCCAUGUCACAACAAGCUCCGGUCGAACCUCUGGUGUCUGUGGUCCCGGCACCGGAAGUCGGCCUCAACGUGUUUACCAACGAGAUCCCGCCAUGGACCCCCGGCAAAGGCGUCCGCGGCAUCUUUGGCGGCUUCCUGAUCGCGCAGGCGGUGCGGGCCGCGCAGCUCAGCACGGCGCCGACGUUUGCCGUGCACGCGCUGCAGUCCGUGUUUCUAAAGCCGGGCAAGGCGACGUCCCAGAUCUACUACCACGUGGACCGUCUCGCCGACGGGCGCAGCUUUGCCACGCGCCUCGUGCGGACCGUGCAGGACGGGGCGGUCAUAUUCGUCGCGACCGUGGGGCUGCAGCGCCAAGACCCGGCCGGGGGCACGCUGCCGUUCAGGAACCUCGAGCACGCCGUCCCGCCGCCGCACAUGGACGGCAAGGGGCCCGACGACGUGGCCGAGGCGAGCACGGACCGCCUGCUCUUCAUGGUGGGGUUCAAGACUUCGACGUCCGAGGGCUUCAUCGAGGACCCCUUUGAGUGGCGGCACCUGCUCGACCGGCCCGAGGGGGAGCAGCAGCAGCAGCAGCAGCAGCCGGCCGCACCGCACAGCUUCCGGCUGCGGUCGUACGUGCGGUCGUCGCCCCUGUCGGCGGCGGCCGGCCCCGCCGAGCACCUGGCGAGUCUGGCGUUCCUGACGGACGAGUGGCUGAUCGCGCUGGUGAACCUGGCGCACCCCGAGAUGCUGUCGCGGCGGGCGCGCGAGCCGCUGACCAUCGAGACGGCGGAGCAGGUCAAUACGGUGCGCGCCCCCACCAUCGCCGUCCAGGCCAGCAUGCACCACAACGUCUUGUUCCACGACGCGGGCGCCAGGGCCGACGGGUGGCUCAUCUCGGAGCGCAGGACCAGCUGGGCCGGCGAGGGCAGGGUCCUCGUCGAGCAGAGGUUCUGGAGCCUGGAGACUGGGAGGCUGGUGCUCAGCUGUUGGCAGGAGGGGCUUGUGAGGUUGAAGGAUGAUUCGAAGCUCUAGACUAUUCUAGUUCUUUUUGUUUGGUUUUCUGAGCUGGUGGGUCUAUGAUCAGUUGGCUGUGCAAGCUUUUGUGUUUUGGGUUUACGGCCUCAUUUUACAGACUUGUGUGUGUUUUUUCUUUUUUUUGGCCAUCAAGGGGAACCAGUCCUUGUGGCCAUGUUGAGAUGAUAAGGGGUCCAAUGGCAGUUUUUCUUUUUUUUUCUUUUUCUUUUCUUCUAACGCCAAACUCAUCCAUAUUGAGCUUUUCGUGGACUGCAUAUACUGUUUCUCAAUGCACAUGACUAUAAAUCCCAGAAAUAUUCCUUACAAAGGGUAUUGGAAACAUAAUACACUGAUCCUGCAAGA